UUAGAAAUGGUGGAACCAGUUCCUGAAUCCAUCGACUUUUCCCAAGAAGAGGCAAAAAUUUUGGAAUACUGGAAAAAAAUUGAUGCAUUUAAAACAAGUUUGAAAUUGUCAAAAGGAAAACCAAGGUACACCUUUUAUGAUGGACCUCCAUUUGCCACAGGUCUUCCUCAUUAUGGACACAUUUUAGCUGGGACUAUCAAAGAUAUUGUCACUCGCUAUGCUCAUCAAAGUGGUUUCCAUGUUGAAAGGCGCUUUGGUUGGGAUACUCAUGGCCUUCCAGUUGAAUACGAAAUUGACAAAACUCUGGGAAUCAAAGGUCCAGAAGAUGUCAUGAAAAUGGGAAUAGCAAACUACAAUGCAGAGUGUAGAAAAAUUGUCAUGCGCUACGCAGAAGACUGGGAGACGAUUGUAAACAGAAUGGGCCGAUGGAUUGAUUUCAAAAAUGACUACAAAACUCUUUAUCCUUGGUUCAUGGAAUCAAUUUGGUGGGUUUUCAAGCAACUCUUUGAGAAAGGGUUGGUCUACCGUGGCUUCAAGGUUAUGCCUUUCUCAACUGCUUGCAGCACUCCCCUAUCCAACUUUGAGUCAGGCCAGAAUUACAAAGAAGUUGUCGAUCCAGCGGUUAUUGUUAGUUUCCCGCUGGAUGACGAACCCGGAGUGUCAAUUCUUGCAUGGACUACCACUCCAUGGACACUGCCCAGUAAUUUAGCACUCUGUGUUAAUGCCGCCAUGGAUUACGUUAGAGUUAAAGACAAGGCUACAGAGAAGGUUUAUAUCAUGAUGGAAGCUCGCCUCAGUGCGUUGUUUAAAACAGAAGAGGAAUAUGAAAUUUUAGAAAAAUUCAAAGGAGAAACUCUCAAGGGAAAGACUUACCUGCCUUUAUUCCCUUACUUUGCCAGUUUGAAGACUUCUGGCUCGGGAGCUUUCCGAGUUUUGACUGAUUCGUAUGUUACUGACGAAUCUGGUACCGGCAUCGUUCAUCAAGCCCCUUACUUUGGUGAGGACGAUUACCGUGUUUGCUUGGCAGCUGGCAUUAUCUCCCGAGAUCAGGAGAUGAUCUGUCCCGUUGAUGACGGAGGGCGUUUCAUCCUCCCUGUGUCCGAUUUCAUUGGCCAACAUGUAAAAGACGCUGACAAGAACAUAAUCAAAAUGUUGAAAGACUGCGGCCGACUUGUUCAUUCCGGAACAGUCAAACAUAGUUAUCCAUUCUGUUGGCGAUCUGAGACGCCUCUAAUUUACCGCGCCGUGCCUUCGUGGUUUAUUCGAGUUGAGCAAAUGUCGCAACAGCUUUUGGACAACAACCAGAAGACUUACUGGGUGCCAGAUUUUGUGAAGGAAAAGCGGUUUGGUAACUGGUUGCGUGACGCCAGAGAUUGGGCCGUCAGUCGUAAUCGCUAUUGGGGGACACCUAUUCCUAUUUGGACGUCCGAGGAUGGUGAGGAAGUGGUGUGCGUCGGAUCGAUUGCCGAGCUCAAAGAACUAACGGGCAUUGAACUUACUGAUCUGCAUCGCGAGAAUGUUGAUGGAAUCACCAUUCCGUCCAAGAUACCCGGCCGUCCACCUCUGCGACGUGUCACAGAAGUUUUCGACUGUUGGUUCGAAUCAGGAUCCAUGCCUUACGCUCAGGUCCACUAUCCUUUCGAGAACAGGAAAGAAUUUGAAGAUGCUUUCCCUGCCGAUUUCAUCGCUGAAGGCAUCGAUCAAACUCGCGGCUGGUUUUACACAUUACUGGUUUUGUCAACGGCCCUAUUUAACAAACCACCGUUCAAGAAUCUGAUCGUAAACGGUUUGGUGUUAGCCUCUGACGGCCAGAAAAUGUCAAAGAAGAAGAAAAACUAUCCCGAUCCAAUGCUGGUUGUGAAUAAAUUUGGAGCUGAUGCUCUUCGUCUUUACCUGAUCAAUUCACCUGUGGUCCGUGCUGAGAACCUGCGGUUUAAAGAAGAGGGAGUACGAGAUAUUAUCAAGGAUGUUUUUCUUCCCUGGUAUAACGCCUAUCGCUUUUUCGUCCAAAAUCUGGAGCGACUUGAACGCGAAGAUGGAAUCAAGUUCGUUUAUGAAGAGGAGUCGUCAAAUUUAUCAACUAAUAUAAUGGAUCGCUGGAUCAUCUCCUAUACUCAAUCCCUAUUGUUGUUCGUUCAUCAAGAAAUGGCUGCGUAUCGAUUGUACACUGUCGUUCCACGUCUUGUCCGGUUCGUCGAUUAUUUGACCAACUGGUACGUGCGAAUGAACCGUAAACGUCUAAAGGGAGAUGGCGGUAAAGAUGAUUGCCACCACGCUUUGCAAACACUGUUCAGUGUCCUGUUUGCCAUGAUUCGUGUUAUGGCCCCGUUUACGCCAUUCCUCACCGAAUUGAUGUACCGCAAUUUACGUCAUUUGGUAGCCAACCAGAAAGCCGGAACAACGGAAUCUGUUCAUUUCUUAUCUACUCCUGAACCAAAGAAACAUUUAAUUGACACAAAAAUCGAAAAUGCUGUGAGCCGGAUGCAGGUAGUGAUUGAAUUGGGACGCGUCCUUCGCGAUCGUCGUACACUCCCCAUUAAAUAUCCUUUACCCGAAGUGAUUGUUAUCCUUCGUGAGCAAGAAUCGUUGGAUGAAUUGAGGACGAUGGAAAAAUAUAUUCUAGAAGAAUUGAAUGUUCGUGCCCUCAAGUUAACCACUGAUAAAGACAGUUUUGGAGUCAGUCUACGUGCUGAGCCGGAUCAUCGCAUCGGAGCCCGUCUUAAAGGCCAGUUUAAGGCUGUCAUGGCUGCUAUCAAGACUUUAACUGAUGAGCAACUGCAAAAAUUCCUAGCCGAUGGACAACUUGAUGUACUGGGUAACGUCAUGGGUCAGGAAGACUUGCGCCUUUUCUACCAGUUUACUGGUGACCGAGCUGCUGAAUUGGCACAGCAAUACGAAACUCAAGCUGAGAAAGACGUGCUGGUCUUGUUGAAUGUCGUCCAAGACCAGAGCAUGAAAGACGAAGGUUUGGCACGAGAAGCCAUUAAUUUAGUCCAAAAACUACGCAAAGAGGCUCAUGUGACACCUUCUGAUGCUGUCACGGUCUAUUAUGAGAUUGUUCCUCCCACCGGUUAUGUAACCGACGUUGUCAAUACGUAUUCGGCUUACAUUGAAGCCGCAAUCAAAGUCCCCUGGAGGGCCGCAAAAACCGACAAAUCCAGUGCAAAAGUCCUAAUCAAUAAAUCGCAAAAGUUGCAAGGCGCCGAUUUAGUGCUAACUAUUCAAGAAGGAUUCACCGCUGACUGGGCAGCAGCAAAAACCGGUGCACCACCGGCCAAAAAGGCUCAUCUUUCCAAUUCAGCGCCCAGUGGCAGAGGCAAACCAUCCGUGCCGUUUGUCAACCUGUGCUUAGAUGGACUGAAACCUGGUUGCGAUGUUGUUGGAAACUAUGGAACAGUCCUUUUGUGCAAUCCUGCUGGAGCAUCCAUGAUCUCUUUUGAGAAACUGAUGAACGAGGUUGCUAGGGUUUUCGGUAUUCAUGGUCGAUCUUACAUGUUAACAAAUUCCGGAGUUGCUCUUGACUCCACUGCUGAUAUUUCGAAACUAGACGGCACCACGUUGACUGUUGUUCCAGUAGUAGCUGCUGACGCAACUACUCAGACCCCAUCCAUUGAUGGAUCUACGUGCAGAUUUGUUAACGUUAAGAUAGAUGGCAAAAUGGGAACAGUCCUCUUAGAAAAUCCUGCCGGAUAUAAACUAUUUGACUCCUCAGAUGACAUGGAGCGAAAAAUCAAAGUUAUGUUCGGAACUUCAAAGAAGCUGUCGGCGGAUGAAAAGCUGCCAGUUACAUUUGCUGACGGAUUAGACGGAUUACAUGCGAAAACUUUGUAUUUACUUUGAUUCUAUCAAACAAUAUUGGUGAUUUAGCAAUAGCUUGACUUUUGUCAGAGUUGUUGUGUAUUGGGCUAAACUGAGACAACAUAAAAUACAGUGAAUGGUCUCCUC